GUUUCGAUAUGAUGGCCACCUCACAGGAUUAUUUUGGCAAUCCGUAUGCGCUGUUUCGCGGUCCGCCCAUUACCAUGCGGCCACGCAGCUCGCCGCUGGGCGUGGCUGGGCACACGCAUGCCGCAUACGCGGCACUCGAUCUGCAGUCGCCGCACAAGCGUCACAUUGAGACGGAUGUGCGAUCACAGCCGCCGCCGCCGUUGCCGCCGCCGCCGCUGUCGCUACCGCCGCUGCCGGCCGCAUCGCCGAGGUAA